UUCGCGGGCAGCGCAGCACCCCCGCUCCCGGGCUGAGCGCGCCAGGCUGUGCCGCUCCUUCAGCAGCGAAGUGGUUAAUUCCGGAUGCUCUUUCCACCCCGGCUCUCCAGCCCCAGCCCCGCUGCCUCCCGGACAAGCGCUCUCCUGGGCAGGUUGCUGGUCCGGGGCCAAGGGGAGGGCCACGGCGGCGAGGCAGCCUUUGUCCCAGGAGCGGGCUCCCAGCUCCAGGUACGCGCUGAGUCCGGGGCGAGCGCGGCGCUGCCGGAGCGGCGGCCGGAGCCAACGGGUUGGAGGAGGAAUGGGCUCCAAAGCCAAGGCCAUUGCUGGUCUCCUGGCAGCCACCUGUGUCUGCAGCGUCAUCGCCCUCAUUCUGAGUGUCGUGAAUGUGAAGGAUGUGUUUCUGCCCCCCAGCACCAAGUACGGUCUGGUGUUUGAUGCUGGCUCCACGCACACGUCCCUCUACAUCUACCGGUGGCCCGCGGACAAGGAGAACGACACCGGCAUUGUGUCCCAGGUGGAAGCCUGCUCUGUGUCUGGUGAGUGCCAGGAUCUGCGCUCCCUGUCCGUGCCCAGCUCACCCGGGGCUGGCCAGCCAGGGUGCUGCCCUGUGUGGCUGUUCCCCACACCAAAGCUGAUUCAUGCCAGGUGUGAUAAAUGCUAAUUUAUUUAUCGGGCAUUUCUAAAUACCCACAGUGGUGUGUAUUCCUAUUGCAAAAGUGCUGUCAGGCUUUGGCACAAGGACAAGUCUCUCUGGAGGAAAUGCCCCCUCUAGAGCGCAGAUCUAGGAGCAGAUAAAUGGUACAUGAAGCCAGGCUGGGGCUAGCAAAGGCCACCAAGCCAGGGCAGAGGUGCCUGGGCAAGGGAAGGAGGGCUCAGAGCUCACCUUGCCCUCAUGUCCCGCUCGGCAGCGGCAGCGUGGCGGUUACUGGUUAACUGCAAAGGUCUGGCGAGGACAAAGUGUAACGC